UCCAAUCAAGUUAUUUGUUUUGGUCACAUGAACGGAACUACUAAUGUCGAAUGGAAUUUGGACAAUUACUCUACUUUAACACAAAAUCUGCUUAAUUAGAAGAUAUUUGCAGACAAAAAAUCAACAAAAGGACUUAAUUUAUUAAUUUCUGGAAAUCUAUUUCGUCGAACUAUUCAAGAUAAACUUAAGAAAGAAUAUUUGGGAUGCCGUGUCCCGAAGUUUAUUUAUCAAUAUGGCGGAUCACAACUUCCGAUGGUGGAGAAUAAAGAAUAUUAAUAAUAUACAUUCUAAAUACUUUUGAAAUACUUGCUAAUUAUUGUUAAACAUAAAUUUUAUUACAAUGAAACGUUGUAAGCGAUUAGAAAUGCCAAUGCUAUCCAGUAAAGCAUAUUUUACAACUCUUUUCUUAACCUUUUUGUCUGUUUGGCCUGACAAAUGUCUCAUGCAAGAUUAUCCCCCACAAGAGUUUUCCACCGAGCCAAAUACACAGAAUCCAAUUCCAGAACUCUCGUUAAAAAUAGUAUUAUGUCGAGCCAGUAGUUCACCUAGUGCACAAUACAGAUGGAUGAAGGAUGGAACAUAUAUCACAGAGUACAAUGCAUUAGAUUAUUCAUAUCGAAUGAUUUCUGUUAAUAGAACUGAUGCUGGAAUUUAUAGAUGUGUUGCUAAAAAUUAUCUAGGUGCUAUACGAAGUAAAGGAGCAAAAAUAGUCAUUGCUUAUAUUGAUAAUUUUGAAUCUCAUACAAAUCAGACAGUAAAUGUGUUGUCAGGGGACGGUGUUGUGAUCAACUUACCUAGUAUAAACUCUGUACCAGACCCUGCUGUAUCAUGGUAUGCCAGUGGUGUAGAAAUGGCACCAGAAGCACAGAGGCAUCAAAUUACACUUGAAAAAAAUCUAGUUCUAUUAAGUACAAGUAUUCAUUCUGAUAACGGGAAGAUAUAUAAAGCAGAAGCUCUUAAUGGUAUCAAUGGAGUUAGUAGAACAACAAAAGACUUUGCCCUCCGAGUUGGAGACACAGGCGAAGGAGUAACAAAACCACCAGCUAUACUUGUUGGUCCUAAAAAUACCACUGCCAAGACAGGUGAUCGAGAUACAAAGCUAGAAUGUAUUUAUAAUGCCAGGCCUUUAUCUGGACUACAAACAAAAUGGUACAAAAAAGGAUCUCAAAGAACAGAAAUUGUUGGCAAUACUAAGUAUAUAUUUAACACAGUGUAUAAACGUGUAUUGACAAUAAAAGAUCCUGAUCUUAGUGAUGCAGGACAGUAUGAAUGUGAAGCUGUGUUUGUUAGUAAUGGACUAUCUAAUACCAAGACAUCAGAUGCUUACUUAACUGUUAAUGAAGCUCCUUUGAUCACAUCACAGAUACUAAGCCAGUACCUCAGAGACUUUGGACAAUCAAUACAAGUUGACUGUCAGGCAACAGGGAACCCAUCUCCUACAAUCACCUGGUACUUCAAUGCAGUACCAGUAUCUUCUGUUCAAAACAGCAGAUUAAGCGUAACUCAGGGUGGAUCAUUAAAAAUAGAGAACUUAGAACUGAGUGAUUCAGGAGUGUACCAGUGUUUUGCUUCCAACGCAGCAGGAGAAACUAAAGUAUCAGCAUGGAUUAAAGUAGACCAAUCACCACCAAUGUUCAUCUCCUCACCAUUGAAUCUGACAUUAGUAGAAGGAGCAGACGCUAGAUUUCCUUGUAAAGUUUCUGGAGCACCUAAACCUGUUGUUAUAUGGAAGAAAAAACUGGACAAUGUAGAAUCAGAAGUAACAACUGGUGGCAGGUAUCAGAUAAGUCCAACAACCAACGAGUUACUGAUCAUUACAACAGAGACCAGUGACUCAGCUUUAUUCUCAUGUAAUGCUUCAAACAGCCAGGGGAGCAUUUAUGCUGAAGCUACCCUCAAUGUUUAUCAGAGAACUCAAAUAACCAAACCCCCACUAGCCAUUACAGAAGUAGAGAAAGGAUCUGUAGCCUCACUUCAGUGUGGAGUGUCACAUGACGUCAAUGUCAACAUAACCUGGAAGUGGUAUCAGGGUCAAGUUGAGCUCAAUCCAUCAGACAGAAUAACAAUAGAACAGGAUGGCACAUUGACAAUCCUUAGUGUUUUUAGUGGUGACAAUGGUGACUACAAAUGUCAAGUCUUAUCUGCAGGUGGUAAUGAUGAGAGGCCUACAAAACUGAAAGUUAUAGAAUUACCUUUCAUGCCUGUAAUAUUAAGUAUAGCUGUGCCUCCUACUGCCCUGAAGAGUGCCAACAUAUCAUUUUCUCCUGGUCCUAAUGGUAACACACCAAUAGAGAGGUUUAUAUUCCAGAAGAGAAUGGUUACUUAUUAUCCUGAUAAAGGUGUAACUAUGGGAGAAGAUGAAGGCUGGGAGACAUACCCACAAGAUGUCGCUCCAAAUGUCCGUUUCUUUGUCAUGCCAAAUCUACGACCUGCAAGAUACUUUCAGUUUCGAUUGAAGUCUGUUAACAAAGUAGGGGUCGGACCAGCAAGUGAUGCUAAACCAAAUAUGCCAUUACUUAUGCCUGAACAGCCACCGGAAGCUGCACCAAGAGGAUUUUAUGGAAGCCCAAGAUCAAAUUCUUCUAUAAUGUUGAAUUGGCAGGCCCCACCAUCAGAUACUUGGAAUGGAGACUUAACAGGCUAUAAGGUUAAAUACCGAUUAAAGGGAUAUACUAGCCCAUUUUUAGAGAGGAACACAAAUGCAUGGCCAAGUACUUCUUUCGAAUUGACAGGACUUAUUGUAUUUACAGAAUAUGAAAUAAAGAUAGCAGCCUAUAAUAACGAGGGUGUAGGCCUGUACAGUGAUAGUAUAAAUGUCCGUACUAGAGAAGGUGUACCAGGAGUACCACCAACUGAUGUAAACAUAUCAUCUGUUAAUUCAACAGCCAUUAAAAUUGUUUGGCUACCUCCAGAUGCUUCAAAAAUCAAUGGUGUCAACUUGGGGUAUAUCAUUUUAGCCAAAGGCCCAGGUAAUAUUGAAGAGAGGCUUACUGUUCCGCCUGAUCCUACAGACCCCUAUAAUUUUCAGCAGGCAUUCAUGUACAAUCUGAAGAAAUUCACAGACUACACAAUAACAGUUACAUGUUACACAGGUCAGGGACCGGGACCUGCUAGUACUCCCAUACAAAUCAAGACUGAGGAGGAUGUGCCUGAUGAAGUAGUCCAUCUGUCCUUCACAGAUAUUUUUGAUACUUCUGUCAAAGUUAUAUGGCAGCAUCCUGUUGAAAUCAAUGGUAUACUCACAGGUUAUACAUUAUUAUGGGAAAAGAAAAAUCAGAAUAAGACUUGUAAAGAUAUAAAUCUGAGUAACACUACACUGACAUAUACUGUUAGAGAUCUGGAUCCUACGACUAAAUAUACCAUCUAUAUCUAUGGUAAAACAAGUAAAGGAGCUGGCAAGAAUUCAUCAGCUGACUUUGAAUCUGGAGUGCCACCUGAGAGACCAGGAGCACCAUACAAUCUAGGCAUUUCAGACAUUCAAGCACGGUCUACACUACUACAGUUUUUGCUAGGGUAUGAUGGGAAAACUUCCAUUACAUUGUGGAGAAUCCACGGACAGAUUGAUAACAAUGAUACAUGGGUACCAGUUUAUGAAAUCUCUGAUCCAGAUGCAAGGACAAUACUGGUACCAAAUCUGAGGCCAUUUACUAUGUAUAGACUCCGCAUUACAGCUGUAAACAUUGUAGGACCUGGUAAUUACAGUGUCCCUAGCCGACAGUUUCAGACUGCUCAAGCUCCUCCUAAUGUACCUCCUGAUAAUGUUACUGUUCGUGCCAUUAAUUCCACUGCACUUAGGAUAAGCUGGGCCCCUCUUUCCCAGUUGAACUGGAAUGGUUACCCUCGUGGUUAUAGAAUGAUCUACAAACGUAAAGAUGAAGUGAAUACCCAUGAGGUAGUACUAGACACAGACAGUGAGAGUUAUACAUUGGCCAAGUUAGAGGAAUGGAUGGAGUAUGAGGUCAAGAUGAAUGCCUAUAAUGAUGUAGGGUCCAGUCCCUUUAGUCCCAUCAGUACAGAGAGGACCAGAGAUGCAAAACCGAGUCAUGGUCCAGUUGGUGUAACAGCUGAUGCAGUAUCAUCAAAAGCAAUAAAUGUUACAUGGGGAGAUGUACCAUUGGAUGAUAGAAAUGGUAUUAUACUGGGUUAUAGGGUUCUGUACAAGUCCUUAUCAGAGAACAUUAAAGACCAGUAUGAAGAUGUACCAGGCAAUGAAACAUAUUAUGUACUGCUAACUAACUUGAGAAAGUAUGUGGAAUACCAGGUACAAGUGUUAGCUUACACCAGAAUGGGAGAUGGUGUCCUCAGUGAGAAUGUACUCAGUGUACAGACAGAUGAAGAUGUACCUGGACCUCCAACUAAAAUAUGGUUCCCAGAAGUUACUUAUUCCACUGCUAAAGUUGUAUGGGAGCCUCCAACACAGCCUAAUGGUAUACUGACUGGUUACCUAGUAUCUUACAAAGAGAGAGAUGGCAGCCUGCAGGGUAACAGUUCAGACUUACCUGUCACACAGAAACAAUAUACCGUGGCAACAUUACAGAGGGAACAGUAUUACAUCUUUAAAGUGAUGGCAAGAACCAGAUUAGGGUGGGGAGAACCAAAAGAAGUUCUUGUUUAUACCAUUAUCAACAGAAGAAAACCAGAUAAGCCAAUGAAACCUCAGAUAACAGCAGAAGUACAGGCCAGGAAUAUAACAAUUAGUUGGCAACCAGCCUAUGAUGGUUAUGGUCCUAUUAGAAACUAUACCAUACAGUAUAAAAGUGAAGGAAAGAAUUGGGUAGAUUUCCAAGAGAGUAUUCCUCCAUCAUCUUCAACCUUUACAGUUACAGGAUUACACCCAAACACUCGUUACAACUUUCGGGUAGCAGCUACAAAUGAUAUAGGAAAAAGUAAUUUCAGUGAUCCCUCAGAUGAAGUGAGAACUCGACAAGACAAACCUGAAGGAGCUCCACUUAAUUUACAGGUCAAACCUCUCACUACAGAUUCAAUUCAUAUCACAUGGGAGCAUCCUGAUCCUGCAACUUGGAAUGGUGCUAUUGUUGGUUACCUUAUACAGUAUCGUAAAGCAGAUAUGGCCAGUUACAACGAGAUUUCGGUACAAUAUCCAAAAAAGGAACUCAUACUUGAUGAUCUUGUCAAAUAUGUCAAUUAUGAAGUGAAGAUUAUUGCUUUUAAUUCAAUUGGCAAUGGGCCACCAAGUACAAUUUCAUCAGUAUAUGUUGGAGAAGCAGCUCCAUCAGCUGCACCUGUUAGUAUUACUACAGAGGCAAUGAACUCAACACAAAUCAAAGUUAAAUGGGAACCACCACCGACAGAAACUCACAAUGGAGAGCUUUCUGGAUACAAGGUGUUCUACUGGUUGGCAUCCUCAGACCCAAGUUCAGCAUUGUCAGUGAUAGUCAGAGAAAAGGAGGCAUUCUUAAAGCACCUGUCAAUCUACACAAUGUAUCUUAUAACAGUCCAGGCUUACAACUUAGCAGGAGAGGGGCCCAAAAGUUCUCCUCAUUCUAGUAGGACGAAACAAGAAAAGCCUGGAGUGCCUGGUGAAAUUGUAAUAGUUAAUGCUACCAUGACAACAGUCAAUGUAACGUGGGGUCGACCUAAAGAGCCGAAUGGUAUAAUAACAGCUUAUGAAUUGGCUUAUAAACAACAGCAAUCUGGAGAUGAGAGUCGUCUUACUCAGUUGACCAUACCAGGGACCAGAGAGCAUGUUGUUAUAGAUAAACUUGAAGAGGGAAAGGUCUAUGAUUUCACUGUCAAAGCUGUAACAUCUAUAGGUGCUGGACCUGAAACAACUAAAUCUAUAACCAUGGGACCACAGCCAGGUUCUCCUGGUAGACCAAACCAACCCACUGCUGUUAUUGAAGGAAGAAAUGUAGUCCUACAAUGGACAAAUGGUUCAGAAGGGAUAGCACCUAUAACAGCUUAUUACAUACAAGCUGUAAGCAGAAGUACAUUAACAUGGAGAAUAGUUCAUGUCCAGUAUUCUAGCAGUACUAGAGUCAGUUUACCAUGGCCUAACAUGUGUAAUGAUGGUGGCUGUCAAUUUAAUGUUAUGGCAUUCAAUUAUAAAGGAACAGGUCUUGCAAGUAAACCUACACAAUGGCUAGAACAAAUAGCAGUAGCUAAAUCUUUCCAUAAUCAGUGGUGGUUUCUUGUCAUAAUGGCAUUAGCAGGGGCUGUUAUUAUGCUGAUGGUUGUGUCACUAUUGUGCCUAGUUCACAGGAGAACCAAAAAUGAUAAAAAACCUGCCAAUGUUGGUAUGUCAAACCCAAUGGAGACAAUGGAGCCGGAGGAGGGAGGCUUCUCUACACUGGAUCGAAAUGCCAGACAAUCACAGAGAAAUAUAGCUACUAUUAGAAAUGGCUUCCCAAGGACAGGCACACUACCAAGACAACCCCCAAGACCAAGUCCUGCUAGUGUGACGUACUCAGAGAGUGAUAUAGGAGCUACACCACAGAAAGGACCGUUACCAGAUGAUGAUGAUGAUGGUAGUAGUGACACAACACAGAAACCAUCAGAUUUAGAUGAUAGUUUAGAGGGAAGUGAAGAUGAGAGUGAUUUGGAUGACAAGCCAUUACCGCCACCGCCACCUCCCCUCCCACAGGAAUCUCCCCCGCGCCCUCCAUUUCCUAGGAGCACCUAUAAUAAUGACUAUUCAGAUGAAUAUCCUAGACUUAAUCACCAUGAUCACCGUGACCGUCAUGAUCAUCACGAUCACCAUGAUCACCAUGAUCACCCACCACAAACUCCACAUAGAAAUCAGAGUCACUAUAAUGCUUAUAACUAUACAGACAGUGAAGCCAGUAGUAGCCAUUACGGCAUCAGCUUAAACUCAGGACAGAUAGUGAUAAACAAUGCAGCAGGAUCAAGAGCACCUUUACCAGGCUUCUCAUCAUUUGUAUGAUGAAGGCAUGUUACAGUAUUGUGUUAUCAACGAUGUUAGUUAAUCAUGACACGAAAAUCUGAAGAGACAAUCGAUCAACAAAUUGAUGUCUGUUUCUGUGAUCAGUCAAGAGUUACCUCCCAUCAAGGCCAAAUCAUGUUUAUGCUGAUUUAUAUAGUGCUUAAUCAUAGAUGUACUAUAAUCAUACUAUAUCAUCUGCUCUUCUGUUCACCCCUUUAGAACCUCCAUGAACAGAAGUGGGAGAAAUCCAAAAUGGUCAUUUUACUGCAUAUGUUUAAACACAUGUAUUUCAGACUGUAUAGAACUUUUACAGUAAAGGUUCAGUCCUGGUGCAAUAAGUAUUUAUAAUAAGCAUUGUAUAUUUAAUCAUAUCAUCGAAGGUAUUUAAUAGUUCAAAAACAGUUCUAAUUAUUGACAAAUGUAUUUUAAUAAAUACAAAUGACAAUUGUCUACAUUAGAAUGGGUGUUAAAGUGAUGUAAGCUUGCAGUGUAUACUAUUUAUUGUGCAUUUAAUGAUUUUUUUGGUUUGAUAAUAGAAUGUUUGGGAAAUCCCCCCAAUAAGAACGAAAAGUAUUCAGCUGAAAAUCUGAGAAUUAUUUAACCAGUCAGUAUUGAUGUACAUGUACUAUCAUGUACAUGAUAUAGUAACCAGAUUUAAAACACUAUAAGUGUGCCUGUAAUUUCUUAUAGGAUCACGGCAAAUCCAUGGGUUUUAAUAAGAAUAUGUUUUGUGAUAAUAUAUGGUUGUUGUUCAUAUAUGUACAUAGAAUAUUAAACGCUAUUUAUGUACAUAAAUACUAUGUUAUUUUUUUCACAAAUGUAAGAUUAACAAUUGUAAAUUUCAAAAUGUACAUAACAAAACAACAAAAUUUCUAAAUAUCUUUUUUUUAGAGAUAUAUGUACAUUCUUGGUAAGAUUCCAAAUUUAACAAAUAUUAACAAUACUCAAUUUAUUUGACAAUGAGAUGUAAUUCAAGUGAGCUGUGGCAGUAAGAAAUCAAUCGUAUGCAAGUGGGCAUAUUCAUGUAUAUGUAUAUGCUUUUGAUUAAUUUCGUAUGUUCAAAUACGAAAUAAAAGAUACAUGUUUGCCUGUUUUGUAGAAUAUUGAUAUGAAAUCAAUUUUCAAACACUUACAGACUUUGUAAACAGAUUUAUUCAACACAAAAUAAAUGUACAGAGGUUUUGAUAAUUAUUAGUAUAAGGUCGACUUCUUUCCCACACAGCUCAAUUGUUGAAUAAGCUGAUCAUAACAAUUUCAUUUAUUCAUCUGAAUUGAUGUAGAAAAUGAAUGAUAUACAAUUAAUAUGAUUAAAACUAAUUUUUUUUGUAUAGAAUCGUUUUUUUGUUGUUGAUGCAUUCUGCAAACACACAAGAAUUAAAAAAGUUAAUUUGAUUUUGCAAGUAUAAUUUAAGUUAUGUUGGUUUCAACUUAUCAUGAAAAAGGUCUUUAAACCAAAAAUUAGGUUGUGUUAUAAACCUUACAAGAAGAGAAAUGUUUUAAAUGUUGUAUUUAAAUUUUAUUUAUUAUAUUUUUAAGUGAUACCUAAAUCAUAUCAUAAAUUCCAAAUAUCCAAAAAUGAAUUUGAUAAAUAUAGAUUUUAUUUAAAUUAUACAUAUCAACAAUUGAUAUAAGGAAUGUGAAAUAUAUUUUUCAUAAAUUUUAAAGAAAACAGACCGAUUUACUAUUUCAUUGAGUUAUUUACGAAUUAAACGUGAUGUUAAAUAUCAUCCAUGAACUAUGUUGAUAUUGAUUUUAUGUGGUUGUGAAAAUGUUAAAUAAUAUAUAUUUUUUUCUAUGCAAAUCACCUCAGCAUUGUUUUAUAAUUGUUUCUAUGUACUAAUAUUUAGGCAUCCAUUCCAUAUCAGAAAUAACAUUCUGCAUUUGUGAUAAAUAUUAAAUAUAUAGAUACAUUUUGUUUAAGAUUUCAAAGACUUUAUUUUACUAUAAAUACCAUAAUAAUUUUAUUAGAUUUUUUUGUACUGAUAAAAUUUUAAAAAGCAUAAUCAAAAUCAUUAGUUCAGGGAAAUUUUUCACUUAGCUUUUUAUCUCGUUGGCAUUUCACAAGAUUAAUUUGCUAAUUUGGGAGGUACUUAUGUGCUUUCACAAUUUUUUGUUUGAAUGCACAAUUUAUUAUUAAUGCAAUUCAGAUACUUCUACUAAUGAUUUAUGCAAGAUUACUUUGAGAUAGAAAAGAUUUUGAUAUCAAAACUAAAUUUCAGUUUUUACCCAAAGAAACAAACUGCAUAAGCAAAACUUUUAAUGCAAGUAACAAGGGGUCUUUUAAACAUAUUUAACUUAAAUAAAGGAUAUUAUGAAUAAUAGAAUAAUUGAUUUUGAGAUUUCAAUUUAUGUUUAACAUUUAGAAAAAAAGGGGGUGGGGUUCAAAUGAUGCUCUGCCCUAAAAUGUAAAUUAUAUCUAUGCAUUCAUUAGAAUACAAUUUUAUUAUUUUUGUUUAAAAGACAUUUUACUGCACUAACCAAAAAAUUGUAAUUUAAUUUCUUUUGGUCCCAAUAAAAAGAUGCAAACCAAAUACUUAAAAGCCUAGCAUUUCACAAGUUAUCUUAAAUUUUUAGUAUUACCAUCAUUUAGGCAAAAUCUUAUUCAAGCUUCAAUUUGGCAAUGUAACCUCUUCUUUACAUUUCGACCCUAGGACCAAAUAGUUAACAUUUAUUUUAAAUAUAUUACAGGUUGUCUCUCCACCAACCAAUCGGUGCUACAGGUUGUGGUUUAUGUAAUUUUAUGUGUUUAUUGUGUAUCAUAGUGCAAACAUUUUUGUUUUAUAGUUUUAUAUAUAGUUCUGUAAAUAUUUGUUAUACAAUUAUAUUUUAGUUAUUCUUAGUACAAAUUAAUCAUUGUUCAAUGCAAUAUGAUGGUGUAGCAUGUUUAAUGGUACAUACAGAAUAUAUUUUUUAAGCUAUCUGAAUAUGAAAAAUAUUAUGUAUGACUAUUAAUGGAAAUUAAAUGAAUUGUUCCAAAUGCACUUGUAAAUAUCAUAAACUUAUUAACCAUAAUAAAUUUAGAAUCACAAUUAUUCAUUAAUUAACAAUCUAGUCUUAAAUGUGACUCUAAAAAAAGUUUUAAAAAGAGUUUUUACUUAUUUUUUAUGCUCAUAAAUUUGUACUUAGCCAAUAUCGCAUUAUUUACUUUGCAAUAAAAAAAAAGUACAGCCAAUAUGUCUAUAUCUACUUUGCAAGAAAAACAGCAAAGCUAAUUUCUCAAUAUUUACCUUGCAAAAAAAUAAAACAUAAAUAUAAAGUAAAUAUUUUGGUACCUUGAUUUGGUAAUGUUUAGACAAUAUUAAAUGACACUUUUUAUUUUCAAAAUAAUAAAAUAAUUUAAUUUUUCUUACACAUAUUGUGUAAAUUUAAUUAUAACAAAUAAAUACAUAAGUACUGUUAAUUUUGCAAAGUUUUUAAUUUUAGUUUAUAUAUUUUUGUUUCAUUUCAUUGAUUUUUAUUUGUGAUGGAUGUGAGUGUCUUUUUACCAGAUAUCAUGUUAUUUUAAAACUAAAAAAUACAAAGGCUCAAGUCUAGUAGAAUUAAAAAAGUAUAUAAGCAUGCACUAGAAAAUUUAACAUUCACACUGAAAUACUAUAGACAAGUACAAUAACAUGUAUUAGCGUUUGAUUAUUAAUAAAUAGGUUGUAAUAUAUUAAAAAAAAAAUCAUAUCCUUUUUUUUAAAAAUAAAAACGAUAAGUGAACACAAUUUAUACAACCAGCAGUUUAUUUACUGUUAAAUGUCUCAUUUGUGCCAGUUUUUUACUGGUAAGUUCCUGAUAGUACUUACAGUGUAGUGAGGGCAUUUCUUAUUUAAUGUUUGUUUUCUGGACCUACCAAGAGAAAGAUUAAAUUCUGUCAGAGAACAAUUGAAAUUGGAUAGCACAUUUUGUCAAAUGAAAUUCCAAUGGUCUUAAAAAAAAACAUAGUUGUUUCAUUCUUAUAAAAUGAAAAAUAAAAUAUUAUGAUUAAUCAAUUCAAAACAUAUUUUAGUUUGUCUUAUGCCAUAAACUUUUAGGUUGACACAAAUCAAAAGCAAAUUACUUUUGAUUAUACGUUGAAUUCUAUAUUAGAUGUUGUUUACCAUUUAAAAAAAAAUAUACAAUAAGACUCCAACUAAAAUUAAAUAAAAAAAGGCUAUGAAUAUAUUUUUUAGACAUAAACAAGUUAAAAUUUUUGAAUGAAAAGAGAAUUUCAGAAUGUUUGCUCAGCUGUGGCAAUUCAAGGUAAUGAAAUAUGCAUUUCAAACUGUUUGCUUAGUUUUAGCAAAACAAUGUAAUGAACUUGUGAUGUAGUACUACUUUCUCAGUAAUGUAGUACUACUUUCUCAGAAAUAUGCAUUUCAAAGUUUUAUUAAUUUCGAUACCAUUUCUAUGGUACUUUAACUAUUGUAAAAUCUGAAUCGUCAAUGAUUAGAUAUAUUAUAACUAUUGCUUGACUGAAUGCAUUAAAUCCUGGAUUAAUUUUAUUUUACUUUUAUUUUACAAUUAUCAUGUGAUACUAGUUGAUGAUCUGUUUACCAAAUGGUAUGUUUAAUGAUGAAUGGUUUUCCAUUUUGAAUAAAUUCAUUACGACAUAGAA